UGUCCCUGUUAGUGAAGCUAGAAGGAGUGAAAAAGGAAGGGAUGGUCCUGGAAGUGAAGGAUAUCUCCACCUCUAGACCUCUCCAGUGGGUGGAUCUCCCAAAAGAUUCCAGGAAGACCUACCUAACAGGUCUCCUGCCUGACAAGUUCCUGUCUCUUACACUGAAGCAGGUCCUCUCCACUAAUCCUCUCCAAGUUAAAGACAUAUUGUCCAAGACCAUCUUCACUGGAGGAUGUAUUGCUCGUCCCCCUCAUAACUUGACCAGAACUUUGGAUAUUUUCUUUCCUUCAACGAUAGUGAAGAGCAGAUGGGGCGUACACUGCUACGCUGACGAUGAGGUCUUCUUCGGCUACCCGUGCCGUAACUCCGAUGACUGCAUUCCACGUAAUUGGAUGUGUGAUGGCGACAAUGACUGUCCAGAUGGAGACGAUGAGCGGGACUGUGGGCUAGGGUACCAGAGGAGUCCUCAAUGUCGCAAGACAGAGUUCCGCUGCCUCAAGAGGAGAGAGAACGUCUGCCUGCCCAUUAAAUGGCUCUGUGACGGUCGUCAUGACUGCAGCGACGGAUGGGAUGAAGAGCCUCGCAACUGCCGGAGCCACUACAGCCGUCCUGGAGGAUUGCACUACCUGGGAACGAACUGUCGCGAUUCUUACUUCAGAUGCCACAAUAGCCUCGGCUGUGUCGCGCCUAAGUUCGUCUGCGAUGGUGACGACGACUGUGCAGACGGUUCGGACGAAUGGAACUGUCCGUCUGACGACGAUUGCGAUUCUUUCAAAGAAUUCCAGUGCUUCCAAUCAUGGGGAAAGGAUAGGUGCAUCCCUCGCAGUUGGAUGUGUGACGACCAGGAGGAUUGUGACAGAGGGGAGGACGAGCAUUUUGACAUUUGCAGAAGAGUAUUAUAGUGAAGUUAUUGGUUUAUUUGUCAGUGCCAUGUUAGUUAUUUUGGUAUUCAGA